UGAAGCGCUGACAGGACGCUGGUGGAGAGCAGCCGUCGGCGCACAGAGCUCAGUGAAGUGUGUCUGCAGCAGCGAGCAUAACACUGGAUUACCAUCACACACAGGCCUCUCCAGAAGAGGGCAGCGUAAGACAGAGCACCACCGCCUUCCUACGAAAUCCUCGGGCAGUCUGCGCUGUCAGGAUCACGCCUCUGACAACCAUGAAAGGCUCUCCUGACCUGAUUCCUGCUGCAGAUUUGAACCCCAGCAGAGUUUGCAAAGGCAAAGGAGUCGUGACUCUAAGGGCCACCCUCGUCCACAUAGAUGAUGAGGGCUGCAUCAGCGAAGAGCCAAAUGUCAUCACAACGCCAAGUGGAUGGACAAGCCAGAUUAAUGGAGACAGCUCUAAAGCAGGAUUGGCUGAGGGAGGCAGCAACAUCACAGCUGAUUUACCUCCUGUAAACAACACUCAGUGCCAGGUACAUUUACCAGAAAGCAUAAACGAAAAUCAGGCUCCAUCCUCCGCUGACAUUCAGAACUACAUCACGCCGACUUCCAGCUCUGUGUAUCCCUGCACUAGCGCAGUUAACCCCACCAUAGUCCUGCUGCAACACAACAGAGAGCAGCAAAAGCAUCUCUCUAAUUUUGAAGACCCAACCCCGGAAAGAGACAAAAGCCCCGAUCCUGGGCGAGACUCAGUCAGUCCAGUCCCUGAUAUGGACUGGAAGAGGCUGCGGCUGUCACUGAACUCCCCCGUCCUCAAUACUGUCAACAACCCCAUUGUGCCUGUACGGAACACUGAAAAGUCCAAAGACUGGUACAAGACAAUGUUCAAACAGAUACACAAAAUACCUGAGCCUAUUGAGGAAAACCCUUACCGCCCCACCUACAUUUUCCCAGAGAACUAUGACAUUCAGAUGAAAUCAAAAGAAGAUGGUCCGUCCCCCUUUGGUUACUUGAAAGAUGUGAAAGCAGUCCCACGCUCAAAAAGUGACGCCGAGGUCGAUUCAAGAGGCCGGUCGAUGCCUGUGCCAACGCGGUCCUCUUCCCUCAAACCCUCUGCCAAAAGGAACGAGUGGGAGCCCCCGGAUAAAAAGGUAGACACCAGGAAGUACCGCGCCGAGCCCAAGAGCAUCUUUGAGUACGAGCCGGGGAAAUCGUCGGUGCUGAAGCUGGAGAGAACGACUCAGGAUGUAAGUCCAGAAGAUGUAGAUUUAGAGAAUGAGCCUUGGUAUAAAUUCUUUUCAGAGAUGGAGUUUGACAAAGCGAGUGCCCCCUCUUUCAGCCCCCUGGAAACAGCCUCCGACCUGCAGCAGUACUCCUCGAGCAAGUCUGGACACAGCGAGGUGGAGAAGGACGGUGGAUCAUCCACGAGCGAGCCUGGGGCUCCAGAAUGCGACCGCCAUGUUUACAAGAGUGUCCUGGAGGGCGGCGACAUUCCCUUACAAGGUCUACGGGCCCUAAACAAGCGCCAAGGCAGCUCCUCCUCCUCUAAAGUGGAUUAUAAAGGUGGGAAUGGCUAUAUAAUUUCACCCUGCUCCUCUGUAAAUAGUCGAUCGGUUCUUGCCAGUAAUGCAAUAGGUAACCAGUUUAAGAGUAUGAAGCCUCUAUCUGCUGCCAAAGCCUGCAUUCCCCAAAUACUGCCCUCUAAAUUCAAGCCCAAGCUGCUGCCGCCCAGUGGUGACAGUCAGGAAAGCAGGACUAGAGCUGUCAGGCACCCAAAAGCUCACAGCUGUGAGGAGCUGUACACGGGGUCAUGUGACACAGACUUUGCUGGAGCAGAGGAAAGGGAGAGUGGGCAGCAUUCUGACUCUAAGUCCAGCUGUGGCAAGGAGUGUGCGGACGGCCUCAGGAAUGUUUCCCCUGCAAUUAGGAGGAGCGCAUCUGAGUUUUCCAGCCUGUACAAGACCAUGCACCACAUACAGCGGCCCAGCUCGGCCGGCUGCAGCCCCCACGGCAGCGUCCGCAGCCUGGCUUCUCUUUUUGAGAAGGCAAAGGCCGACGGGGGUGAAAGGUCAGAGGGAGAUGACGGGGAUAACAUUCCACGGGAUGCAGUGUCGUCACGGGUCAGUGAGUUUGAAAUGAUCAUUCAGCGGUCCACCCCGGCGCCCAGCCGCUCCUCCUCCCUGCCCACCCUGCACUCCAGCCACAGCCACAGCCCCAACCACAGCAACGCCCACCUCUACAUGGCGUCUGCAGUGUCAGCGGAGUCCCUUUUGGUUGCCGACGCCACCCAGACGGAUGCCUGCUCCCCAGUGGAGGCAGAGGGCAAGAGUUGUGAGGAGGAGGCCUUGUCACCGGGCAGUGUGACUGUGGAGGACACUGCUUCCUCCUCAGAGGACGGACACAAUGUCGGGACUGACUCCCCCACUAACACGGAGAAUGAGAUUGAGCAGAUCUUCAGUAAACGUUCCCCAGAACUGAUCCACCGAAAUGUCUGUGGAUCAAAGAGUCCCUCCGCACUGCUCCCAGCAUCCCCUCCGCAGCACAACCAUAACCACCACCACCACCACCACCUCCUGCAUCACCUGAACCAUCAACUCCUCCUCAAACCCAGCAAAUGCAAAGGCUCCUGCCCAGCCUCCUACACCCGCUUCACCACCAUCCUCAGGCACGAGAGGCAGCAGGCCACCACCCAACAGGAGAGGCUGCCGCCUCCAGAGAAGAAGACCACGCUGCCUGGGAACCUCUUCCUCAUGGGCCCUGCUCCUUUUAGGUUACGGAAGAACCUGCAGUCACACCAAACUCGGAGGACCGUGUUAGCUACCAGAGCGACAAUGGGCACCCAGAAGCCGUGCACUUUGUCUCCUGAGCUCAGACCUCUGAUCCCUCAGCGCCUGUCCUCCCUGGAGGUCCUGGAGAGGCUGAGUAACGGGGAGGGAAGCAACACUGACCACCUGAGUAACGGGCAGGGCUUGGACGCCAACGGGAACCUACUGCAGCCGCUGGCAGCUCACCGCAGAGACUCAUCCCCAGCACAUGGGGAGAGCCAGGAUGAAGUGUUGCGGAGGCGUCAUGGGGACAAAGAGAAAAUCUUGGAGGAGCAGCGGCGGCUGAAGCGGGAACAGGAAGAGGCUGACACGGCAUCGAGGCGACACACAGGCAUUGUCCCGACGCACCACCAGUUCAUCACCAACGAGCGCUUUGGAGACCUGCUCAACAUCACAGAUAACACAGAGAAGAGGAAAUCAGGCGUAGAGAGAACUCCAGCCAUGGCUCGCUUCGACUUCAGAGCAGAGACUCUAAAGGAGUUACCGUUUCAGAAGGGAGACAUUGUCUACAUAAUUCGACAGGUAGAUCAGAACUGGUAUGAAGGGGAACAUCAUGGAAGAGUUGGCAUCUUCCCUCAAAGUUAUGUCGAGCUCCUUCCCCCCACAGAGAAAGCCCAGCCAAAGAAAAGCGUCCCAGUGCAGGUACUGGAGUAUGGAGAGGCCGUCGCCCGCUUCAACUUCACCGGAGACACAGUGGUGGAAAUGUCCUUCAGAAAGGGAGAGAGGAUCACGCUGAUCCGCAGAGUUGAUGAAAACUGGUAUGAAGGCAAAAUCUCAGGCACCAACCGCCAAGGCAUCUUCCCCGUCACCUAUGUAGAAGUGCAGAGACGACCCCGCGUCAAAAACGGGCUGGACUAUCCCGACCCUCCUGUCAGCCAAUCUCCACAGCGCAGCACCAACGCUUCUCCUCAGCUGUAUCGUAAUCGCCUGACCACCUCCCCCUUGCCCCUGCCUCGCUCCCCCCGCCGCUCCGUCUCCCCCGAGGUCCACGCUAUCUCCUCUGAGUGGAUCUCCCUGACUGUGGGAGGAGGGAGCCCUCCUGCCGCCCCCACUCCUCCCCUGCCGCCGCUGCCCACCGUGUCCUACCGCUGCGGCGAGUACCUGCCCCCGCCCUUCUCCGUCAGCCCCGUGCCUCCCAUCACCGGCAGCCCGUACUGCGUCUCCCCUACGGCUUCCCCAGCUGCCUCCCCUCUUCCCCCGCCUUACCCGCCCAGACCCAACUCCACCACUCCCUUCCUCACCUUCACCCCACCCCAGGGAGAGGACUUCCUGCUCUCCCCUCCCUCCUCACGUCUGUCACGCAGCGUGAGCCCCUGUGGCGGGCCGGUGCUGGAGGGCUGGCUGAGGGGGGAGAAGGAGUUGACAGAGGGGGAAGGCGCAGAGGGGGACAGGGGCCACGCAGCCCCGGGCAGCAGGCGAAAUAGCCCUGCAGAGUUUGUGAGGAAUGAGGCUGACCAUCAUGGGCGGAGCUCCAGAAGCCCUGUGAUGCUGUUUGACAUCCAAGAUAACAACAAUGUUAACUCAUUUGCGGAGGCAGUGUGUAAUGAGAUCUUGAAUAUAGCUGAGACCUCGGUGAGGUACUGCAGCACCCUGUCCCACCACCCUCAUGACUCUGUCCAUAGACUACACCCCCACCCCAGUAAACAAUCUCUCAUCAUUUCCCAGCAACCCCAGUCCCACAGCAGCAGUCCGGAGCCGAGCCGUCUCAGUUGUGGAAUUUUCCAGGCUCUGUACAGUUACGUGCCGCAGAAUGAGGACGAGCUGGAGCUGCGGGAGGGAGAUCUCGUCAGCGUCAUGGAGAAGUGCGAUGACGGCUGGUUUGUCGGUACCUCAAAGAGGACGAAACAGUUUGGGACUUUCCCCGGGAAUUACGUGAAGGAGGUGAAACUGUAAAGAUAUCUAAUCUGGCUGUCUAAUCUGACACACGGUUGCCUGUCAAGCUUGGGAAGUCAUUACUAUCGCGCAUGGCUGUUGGUUAGCAUAGUAAUUUAGCCAGGCGAAUACAUUUUGUCUGGGAAAGUGAACGGUUGGCCUGAGGUAUGUCAAACUGCACGCGGCGGAGACAGAGACAGCUCAAUGCCCAGACCUCAGUAUGGUGUACACCUUGACCACAUUUCACACAAUUCGUCCGUCUCCUCAUGUGGAAAUUCUCUGAGAAAACUUUACCACAAACUAGCUUUUAUUGUACAGAUAAUAGCUUCCAUUUUGUCCAUGUAAUCUACAGUACACAAGUGUUUACGUAGCACCUCAGUGUGGAGGCCGGCAGCAGAGCAGUGUAUGGAUCAAAGAGUGGAUCUUAUUACCUGAAGUGGACUUUGGAGGAUUCAGAAUGUAUUUUUAUGUGAUGUGGGGUUGGAGCGGUUUGUCAUGAGCUACCUUUCAGGACCCAGACGUGUUCAUCGUGAUUAGCUAAGUAUGAUGCGAACACCAUGCAUCUCACGAUUCAAAGGCGUUUCCCGUCUUUUAGACGUUGCUUCCAAAAGAAAACCUUCAGUGUUUGGAUCAACAUACCGUACAUGUAUGAAAUUUAAUGUGGUGGACAAUUUUACUCAGUUUAGAUUUGAGAAAAUGACCUCCAGAGUUUAAAUACUUUAAGCCUUAUGUUCGAAGUCUGUUUUACUUUCUGUUACAUUCUCUGAAUCAUCAUUAAGUCAGUAUUGGUCACUUUUUAAAAACAUCACAGCAUUUACAACACCCAAAAGCUUUAGGUACCGGUUCAGUAUUGCCUUCAUUUUCUAUCCAAAGGUUGUUAUACAACAGUUAUUACAUAGUCAUGUGCAUGACGAGAAACACUAAAAUGUUGAAGUGUGCUGUUAGCUUCUCUUUUUUUUACCACAGCAACCACAAAUACAGGACAUGUGUUGCAUGUCUGAUAAAAGAGAAACUGUGUAUAUGCACAUCCUAUAUUUUCACAAACUAUUUAUUUGUCCUUUUUAUACCUCUCUGUCAAAAUAGAAGUAAACUGUGUUUGCUGAUGCCUGUAAGGUAGCUGGUGGUAGACGCCUGUGCUCCAGCGCAACCACAGGACAGGCGUGGUAGCACUUAACUUCCUGUUUGGAAAUUUAGGGAGAUCCCACCUAACAAAGAUAAUAGCAUAUUAAUCAGUGAUGACACAAAAAAGCUAUUAAAUGUUUUAAGUAAAGCCAACAAGGUGUCUUAGAAAAUAAUCAGUGAUUUUUAAAAGCAUAUUGAGAUUUUAACCAUGCCCUUACUGACAAGAUUGUAUGUUUUAGCCAUGUAAAUGUGUACAGAAAACUUUAAGAGGCCUUUCCAAAUAUGGCUACAUAUUUUCAUAUGUAAUGAAUACAACUUGGGUAGGAAUGAUUUAAAUAAUAAGGUCAGCAUUAGUCCAGCAUGCACUGUAAAAUCAAUAAGAGAUUGACAAAUCAAAUCGGAGCAUGAAACACACACUAUAUUUGCCGCCUUUAGCUUAAAGAAAACAGAAGUGAUGACAGGGUUAACAGACUGAUCUUUGAGCUUCAGCAGCUCCCUGAUGGAAGAUGGUUUUGAAUCCUCGGAGUACAAAGUUCCCUCAUCUCCAGCACAUUCAGAUCCUGUAACAGACACCACAUGUCAGAGUAGAUCGUCCACACGCGCAGUUUGAGAGAUGAUAGCUAUUGUUUUUUUUCCUUGCUUGUGUUUCCAUCAAAUUCCUCGUUGUCAUCAACCGCUACACUGUGCUCAUCAAUCCUCAGCAAAGGCUGUCAAACAGCACUCAGAGCUUGUUGUGACCUGCUCCGACUACCAGACGGAUGCAGUUUGUAGGGCAAUCGCUAGAGAAGUAUUUUAAAGUCAGUUUAGUUUAUAUACCAGGAGGACCGAGGUAGCGGGCGAUCUGAUGCUCCAAGUAGCUGAAGUCGGAUCCUUUUUUCCCCAAUCCGCACAUUUCUAAUCAAAUCGUGCCAGACUAUCGGUGGGCCGACCUUUUAGUGCAACUCUUUAUGAUCGCCUACAAAAUCAGAAACAUAAUGUGAAGUAUUGAAAACAGCAACUCUCACUAGAUCUAAAAGUGUAUGUUUACUAUGUCUUUGUUUGAAUGUGUUAGCUACAGUUCAGUGCAGUGACGAUGAACCUGAUUGGUUUGUGUGUGAUAUAUGAAGUUUAAUAAUUGAUGAAGGACAUUAAUUUAACAAAAUUCAGUAGCAAUCAGUGUUUCAUCCUCUCUGAUGCAGCGGCGUGUCCAGACUUUUUUGACUGGGGUGGGGCAGUGACUUUUGCAGGGGUCAUUCCCGAUUCAUGUAAUACCAAAACAGUUUAGGGACUCCCAGUAUGCACAAAUAUUUAAAUACAAUAGGCAAAAUUAACACACUUAUACCAGUUAAAUUAAAAGAACUGCUACUAGGUUUUGCCUUAAACUGCAUGAGAUUUGCAUAAAGCAGACAUGUCUGCAAAGGGAAGACUCAUGGGUACCCAUAUAACCCAUUUUCAUUCAGAUAUCUUGAGGUCAGAGGUCAAUGGAAGACAUUGCAGAGUGGAAGAGGUAAGGAUAAUAAGGGAGGUACUUGAGGCACCCCAGGCCCCGUCUCUGGACACACCGCUGCUCUGACGUUUGCAGACAAAAUCAGGUGUUUCUUCCUGUGCAGAUCAAACAGUCAAUAUAAUACACUGCAUUCUGGGUUUGCCUGUAUAGCACUGACACAAUAUUCAGGUAUUUUGUUACACCACAAAAGCAUGUUUUUCCCUCCACUGCUGGCUAAACAUUUUUGUUCCUGUGUAACUCCAGCUCCACAUGAAUGUGCUGAUUGGUUGGGAGUCUGUUGGCUUUUUCUUCCCGGACAGAACAAAAGGUCCGCUCCAUCUCCAACACGCUAUAAAUAACAAUCACUCAUUCAGUCGUAACACAAACUCACUCUAGAUUGUUUCUGUGCCCCAUAAAACAUCACAGGAUGUAUGAAUGUAUGAAUAUAUGAAUGUGGCCAACGCACACGUACUAUGUAAAAAAGAAAACAAACAAAUGAACGUGCAGAUUAUCGAGCGGCAUGGCACAGGAAGGAUUGUAAAUAUGUAAAAUAAAAAAAAUAGACUGCGAGUGAUGGGAGCGUCAGAUGGAGCUCUCUGUCACUCACAGCCGUUUAUUUACCUGAAGGAUUUUUUGGCAAAGCACAGAGUGGAGCGUUACCGAGCACAGGAAGUUUGACGUAUAUGAACAUUACGCUGCCAUUUGUGAGGAUCAUAAUGCCUUAUGUUAGACGCAAAAAAAAAACGUGCCUCAUUUUCAUUUAAUGUUUUUUUUCUUUGGAGUAUCACUGAAAUGUAUCCAUGACAUAUUUAAUGUAACCAUGGUUUUCCCAUUAGUCCUAGUCUCUGUGAUGGGAGAACAUUUACUAAGAACUUGUCAGUUACUGUGCAAGUACCUAAAAAAGUGUGACACAAUGCUUUAACUUAAUAAUUAAUAAACAUAAGAAUGGUCUAGUUUGAUGAGACGCACAACCUGCAACAGGUUUGGUUUGUUUGCUUCAAUUUGCAGUGCUGUUACAUUGACAAUAUUAAAAUAAAGAUACUAUACACUGCUGUGACUUCGGUAUUAUGCAAUAUUUAAUAAACCAUUUAAACCAUU